AAUAUCUUCAUUUCAAACACACCAUCACCAUUAUUUUACACACCAAAAAAAGUCAGAAGCAAAUAGUAUAUUUCUUGUAGCUCAUAGGAAUGGUGAGAUAUAAGUUGUACAUAGUGAAGUUCAAUACUCUGAGCUUUCGAAGAAAUCUUUGUUGUUAAAUUCUGAUAUCUCUUAAGACACAUUUCUUGGUCAAAUAAGUAGUGAUGUAAUUCAAGAUGGAUUCCAAAGCAUGGAAUCUGUCUACGAUAAAUUCCCCAGACAUCAAUAAGGGGUUUAUGUUGGUUCACGACCUUUCCCAAUCAAUGACGAACCAACAUAGCGGCAUUUUAUACGAAAAGCAUCACGUGAAUACGAUGCAGUUGAAGUAUUUAUCGGAGUGUCUAAAAAUGUUGAGGGGGAAGAUGAUGGUAAUCCAUUCUUCCAUCAACCAAUGAAUCAACCCUUUUCAUUCCAUUUUGCUCAAAAUGUUGAAAGCGAUCAUCAUCAUUAUCAUCAUUAUCAUCAACAUCCAAUCCAAGAAAUCAUCAAUCGAAUUCCAGAAAGGGGGAGUCCAAGAACUGGCCGCCAGAAACAAUGGAAGAAGAAGAAGAAAUGGUGCUCAUCGUCCACCAUUCCUUCGACCUGAGAGGAGAUUCUGAGGUGAUACGGAGCCGGCCUAAACGGUACGGAGUAUUUCUAAGGGAAAAGAGUCGCCUAGUAGAAAGCGAUGGUUGUUGAGGACAUUGGGGACCGCCAUUUCGAUCUCCAUUAUGCAGAGGCCGCCGGGGCGAAAUCCAAGAAGCUGAAGGGAAGCACCCUCGACCUCUCCGCUCUCUAUUCUUUGAUUGCAAGCUCCACCACAAAGAUUCAUCCGCUGCCGCCGCACCAAAUUGGACCUCCGCCGCGGAACCCAAUUCAACCUCCGGCGUUGCAUCCAAUUGAACCUCCAGCGGAGGUUAAAUUUGGCGCGGCGGCGCUCCAGCGGAGGUUAAAUUUGGCGCGGCGGCGGAGGUCCAAUUUGGUGCGGCGGCAGCGGAUGAAUCUUUGUGGUGGAGCUUGCAAUCAAAGAAUAGAGAGUGGAGAGUUCGGGGUUGCUUCCCUUCAGCUUCUUGGAUUUUGCCCCGGCGGCCUCCGCGUAAUGGAGAUUGAAAUGGCGGUUCCCAAUGUCCUCCGCAACCAUCUCUUUCCACUCGGCGAUUCUCUUUCCUUGGAAAUUCCAUGGAAUUGAAUUCACCAAUUCUCAUUCAUUUUUUGCACUAUCAAUUCCAAAUCCACAUAAUUUUGGUGCUACCAAACACCAGAAUUAGAAUUAAGGUUUUCAAUUCCAAUUCUAUAGUUUGAAUUCUGUGUACCAAACGGAGCCUCAUACACUUUAGACUUAAUUACUCUUUUUUAAUAUAUGUAAUUUUAAUAUUUUAUAGAUGUAACAAUUUGGAUAUAAAAUGACUUCAAAAGACACAAUAUUUUACCUCGUAAAUUCCAAGUUGUAAUCAAAAUUGGAACGGAUA